UUUUAAUCAUGUUCAGUAUGUGCAUUUUAAAGGGAAAAAGAUUGAGGUUAUGAAGAUUAAAUAGCUCAUUUUAAUGUUUUUUGAAUAAAAUAUAAAAGAAGCACUAUUUUAUAUUUAAAUAUAUCACAAUGUCAACGCGGUGGUAUCCCAUUUAUCAAAGAGGUAAUCCACAACUAAGAGUGUUUCUGCCAAAUUUCUGGAUGAAACUUAUUCAACCUGUAAAUAAACAGCCUAACAAUAUAGUUCAGUUUCAUUGUUCUAUGGAAAUGACUAGGUUUGAUAUAAAGAAUUACUUAAAAAAAAUCUACAAUGUCAAUGUGCUCGAUGUGAAAACUUAUAUAGCGAUAGGAAAAACCACAAGAGAGAAGCUGCAAGGCUCUGUUAUUAAAGAGGAUGAUAGAAAAUUAGCCUAUGUUGUAUUGCCGGAGGACCAAUCGUUUGUAUUUCCCAGUCUAUUCAAGGAAGCACAAGGCGAAUUUGAUGAAAAAAGCAUGAAUGAAGCUAAAAAGGACUUGCAAGAGUUUGUAGAAUCAAGCAAAGCACCGGGAUUGCCUGGUUGGUUUAGGAUAUAAUAUGUAUAUUAUAAGAUUUAAAAGUUUACUCAGUUAAUAAAAUAUAUUUGUUAAUA